UCUGCCUCUUUUCUGAAGGAUAUACAAUCCUGGUGUAACUGGCUUCUGCUUGGCCAGUACACUUGAGGGUUGAGGGUAGAGAGAAAGAAAGAGGGAGAGAGACUGAGAGGGAGAACAUUGACAGCUAUCUGGGUAGGCACUGAGAGACGUGGUGCGCCAGUCAGGAAGGUGGACUCUGAAAUUUUGGGGUGUGACCCGAGGAUUCAGAUCCACGACCAUGAAGGUGAAAACUACAAGCCGAACAUGGGUCGUACCGGCCAUUCCAACCAACCAACACUGGCUAUCCUUGAGCAAUUUAGAUAGAGUCGUGAAUCCCACAUUUGUAAGUGUCAUUUUCUUCUACGAGGCCGUGCUCAAGAGCAAAGCGUUUGCCGAAAUCGUCAGCAAGCUCAAGCAAUCUCUCAGAGAAGUGCUCGUGCAAUUCUACCCUCUAGCAGGUCGACUGGCAUUGCGCGAGGAUGGGCUCGUGGACUUACACUGCAACGAUGCGGGAGUCAUGUUUCUGGAAGCUGUGGUCGAUUCAGAGCUGUGCGAUGCUGGAGGAAGAGGCUGCGGAGGUGCUCAGCCCGUGCCAGCCCUGUCCGGAAUCGAUGCAGCUAGAGUGGGACCAGGCCCCGUCUUCCUCCCGGACCAAGUAUCGCCAAUGCCGGUUCUGAUUAUUCAGGUCACACAGUUCAGAUGUAAAUCAAUGGCUAUCGCUGUGAACUGGCACCACACCGUCGCAGAUGGAUUCUCGGGCAUUCAUUUCGUCAGGUCCUGGUCGGAAGUAGCUUCAGGUCAACCCCUCUCUCUGAAGCCCGUACACUGUCGAGACAUUCUGAAACCAAGGCCGACUCCGGAUUCGAGCCUUGUGCACGGGUAUAGUACUGCAAUUCUCAAAGGAGACGAAUUGAACUUAGCUGCCCAAAUCAAUAAGAAGCCGGCGAUUGCCAAGCUGUUCAACAUCGGGAGAGUGGCGAUUCAGAAGCUACGCAUGGUUGAGGAUGACACGACGGACGUGUUCUCCUUCAGCACAGCCGAGAUGAUUUCGGCAUAUUUGUGGAAGAUUAUGGUUCGAGCACGUUUGGACGGCAGGGUCUCGAAGUCUGCUGAAACUGCUGACGCUGCUGCUAAAUCGGCAUCGACGAGGUUCUUCAUGUUCGUGGAUGGACGGAAAAGGCUGGACAUUCCUGCUGGCUACUUUGGAAACGUGGUUUGCAGCGCCUGCGCCCAGAGCACCGAGGCUGACAUCGCCACGAAGUCCGUGAUCCAAAUUGCGAGCUUAAUUCGUAAAGCUAACCGCAGCAUAAACGAGGAUUACUUCCAAUCUCUAAUCGAUUGGGUCGAAACGAAAGGCUUCAUGUGCUCCAAGUCGGAACAUGUCAAUUCCUUAGGCAGGGAUGUCGCCGCCACCUUCUGGAUCUAUUUUCCUCUGUACGAGGUCGACUUCGGCUGGGGCAAACCGACUUUUGCUGCGAGAAACGCUGCUCCCCGCCAAUUCAUUGACGGCAUAAGCAUGAUGCCCAGUCCCCACGGUAGAGGUCACAUGGCAGCGGUUCUCAAUCUUCACGGCGAUCGCAUGGAAAGACUCGAGGCCGACCCCAUGUUCACGUCAUUACUCGCGCAGCAACCGAUGGUGGCAGUCAAGAGAGAGAGCAAGGGUGAGAACAUGGCGCCAGGUCCGUGAUCCGCAGUCGAUCAUCCAUUUGCAUACUGUGCCGAUGUGCUGAAUGUGUGUGUUUUAGCUUGCGUCUGACGAUCAUGAGAUUCAGAGUCCCGACGAGAGACAUGCACUAGCCUUCCUAGUGUUCGUCCUAGGAGGUCCAUAUCGUCACAAGCAUCUUAUAUAUAAAAACUUAGAUAUAGCUUGAUUAGAUUACCUUGUCCGACUCAACAGCAUCACCCUGUAGGAAUAGCUGCAAAUAUUUUGCAAGCUUUAUCCGAAGCAUAUUUCUCGUUCUCUUUCGGAACGAGUAUUUAAUAAUUCGAAGCAUCUUCUUGGAUACAAGCGUCCAUGC